AUGGUGGAGCUCGAAAAAGAGGUUCUGCCGCUACCUCCACGGUACCGGUUCCGAGACCUGUUGCUGGGAGACUGGCAAGCGGACGACAGAGUCCAAGUAGAGUUCUAUGUGAACGAGAACACUUUCAAGGAGCGUCUCAAGCUGUUCUUCAUCAAAAACCAAAGAUCCAGUUUAAGGGUCCGGCUCUUCAACUUCUUCCUCAAGGUGCUGAGCUGCCUGCUGUACAUCCUGCGAGUCCUACUGGACGACCCGCGGGAGGAGACGGAGGAACGGUCUCUCAUCAUCUGGGUGAACAGACCCCUGCCCCUCUGGGCUCUGCAGGUGCUGGUGGCCUUCAUCAGUUUCUCAGAGACCAUGUUGCUGGUGUAUCUCAGCUACAAGGGAAACCUUUGGGAACAAGUGUUGCGCAUCCCUUUCAUUCUGGAAAUGAUAAGCGCCGUGCCCUUUGUAAUCACUGUGAUUCUGCCCUCCCUCAGAAACCUGUUUAUCCCGGUGUUUCUGAACUGCUGGCUGGCCAAGCACGCCCUGGAGAACAUGAUCAACGACCUGCACCGAGCCAUCCAGCGCACACACUCGGCCAUGUUCAACCAGGUCCUCAUCCUCAUCUCCACGCUGGUGUGUCUCAUGUUUACCUGUAUCUGUGGUAUUCAGCACCUGGAGCGUGCGGGGAACAACCUGACGCUGUUCGACUCGCUCUACUUCUGCGUGGUCACCUUCUCCACCGUGGGCUUCGGCGACGUCACGCCACAGAUCUGGCCCUCGCAGCUGCUGGUGGUCAUCAUGAUCUGCGUGGCCCUCAUCGUCCUGCCCAUACAGUUUGAGCAGUUGGCCUUCCUGUGGAUGGAGCGGCAGAAGUCGGGGGGGAACUACAGCCGCUACCGCGCGCAGACGGAGAAGCAUGUGGUGCUCUGUGUCAGCUGCCUGAAGAUAGACCUCCUCAUGGACUUCCUCAACGAGUUCUUCGCCCACCCCAGACUGCAGGACUACUACGUGGUGAUCCUGUGUCCAGCUGAGAUGGACGUGCAGGUGCGGCGGGUGCUGCACAUCCCCCUGUGGGCCCAGCGGGUCAUCUACCUCCAGGGCUCCGCCCUCAAGGACCAGGACCUGAUGAGGGCCAAGAUGGACGACGCAGAGGCCUGUUUCAUUCUCAGCAACCGAUUUGAAGUGGAUCGCUUCGCUGCCGACCACCAGACCAUCCUCAGGGCCUGGGCGGUGAAGGACUUCGCCCCAAACUGCCCUCUGUACGUGCAGAUCCUCAAACCAGAGAACAAGUUCCAUGUGAAGUUUGCAGACCAUGUGGUGUGUGAAGAGGAGUUUAAGUACGCCAUGCUGGCUCUCAACUGCGUCUGUCCGGCCACCUCCACCCUGAUCACCUUACUGAUUCAUUCGUCAAGAGGACAGACAGCACCUUCAGAGGCCUUCAGGCAGCGAAGCGGAGCCUUCCAGCCCCUCUCCAGGGAGGGCGGGGCCAGCUCAGUGGACCAAUGGCAGCGGACAUACCGGCGGUGCUCUGCCAAUGAGGUGCACCACAUUCAACUGGAGGAGAGCAAGUUUUUUGGGGAGUACCAGGGGAAGAGCUUCACCUUUGCCUCAUUUCAUGCACACAAGAAGUAUGGCGUGUGUCUGAUCGGGGUGCGCCGGCUGGACACCUCUAACAUCCUGCUGAACCCGGGGCCCUGUCACAUCAUGUCCGCCUCAGACACCUGCUUCUACAUCAACAUCUCCAAAGAGGAGAACUCGGCCUUCGUCAGGGACCACCGGGAGCCCAUGCGGGGGCCGGGCGUCGACCCCAGAGGCGUCCCGCCGACCAUCUACCACGGCCUCACGCGCCUGCCCGUCCACAGCAUCAUCGCCAGCAUGGGUACGGUGGCCAUCGACCUGCACGACGACUCCUGCGACAGCAGCCCUGAGGGCCAGGGCACGGGGGGCAUGGCGCUGGGUGGCGGCCCGGGCAUACGGACCGGGGGCAGGUCGGAGUCGGUGGGCGCCAACACCCUGGCGCUGCCCGCCAUGGGGGAGUCGGCGGAGGAGCGAAGGCACAGCAUCGCACCCGUGCUGGAGCUGGUGGACGGCGUGGGCAGUGCCACCUUCGACCUGCUGGGGGACCAGUCGGAGGAUGAGGGCGGAGAGGAGGGCAAGGAGGAGAGCGACCGCGACCAGAAGGUUCCGUGGUGGGGUGGACACGUCGAGUGCGCUCAUUACUGUGGCAGGUGGGUGAAGGGGUACCCACUGAACUCCCCCUACAUUGGCAGCUCGCCCGCGCUGUGCCACCUGCUGCAGGAGAAGAUGCCCUUCUGCUGCCUCCGUCUGGACAAGGCCUGUCCUCACAUCCCGUUCGAGGACGCUCGUUCCUAUGGGUUCAAGAACAAGCUGAUUAUCGUGUCGGCCGAGAGCGCGGGCAACGGGCUCUACAACUUCAUCGUCCCCCUGCGGGCCUACUACCGGCCCAGGAAGGAGCUCAACCCCAUCGUGCUUCUGCUCGAGAGCAUACCGGAGGCAGACUUUUUAGAAGCUAUUUGCUGGUUCCCUAUGGUGUUCUACACGGUGGGCUCCAUAGACAACUUAGACAGCCUGCUACGUUGUGGAGUCACGUUCGCAGACACUAUGGUGGUGGUAGAUAAGGAGAGCUCGAUGAUAGCGGAGGAGGACUACAUGGCAGACGCUAAGACCAUCGUCAAUGUUCAGACACUCUUCAGACUGUUCCCAGCUCUCAGCAUCAUAACAGAGCUCACCCACCCCGCCAACAUGCGCUUCAUGCAGUUCAAAGUCAAAGACCACUAUUCACUGGCCCUCUCCAAACUGGAGAAGAAGGAGAGAGAGAAAGGCUCCAACCUAGUGUUCAUGUUCCGACUGCCGUUCGCUGCGGGGAAAGUCUUUAGCGUUAGCAUGCUGGACACCUUACUUUAUCAGUCCUUUGUGAAAGACUACAUGAUCUCCAUCGCCAGACUGCUGCUUGGCCUUGACUCCAUGCCUGGCUCUGGCUUUUUAUGUGUUAUGAAGAUCACGGAGGAGGACCUGUGGAUCCGCACGUACGGCCGCCUCUACCAGAAGCUGUGCUCGUCCACAGGAGACAUCCCCAUCGGCAUCUACCGCACGGAGGCUCAGAAACUGCCUGUCUCCGAGUCGCAGGUGUCCAUCACGGUGGAGGACUACGAGGACACGCGGGAGCCGCGCGAGCCGCUGCUGUGCCGCACGGGCCCGCACCGCAACUCCACCUCCUCGGAGCCGCCGUCGUCCUCCUCGCACGGGCACGCGCACGCCUCCGAGCACCCGCUGCUGCGCCGCAAGAGCAUGCAGUGGGCGCGGCGGCUCAGCCGCAAGGGCGGGCGCGGCUCGGGCAGCGGCGCCAAGGGCCCGGGCAGCACGGCCGAGCGCAUCAGCCAGCAGCGGCUCACGCUCUUCCGGCGCUCCGAGCGCCAGGAGCUCAACGCGCUGGUGCGCACCCGCAUGAAGCACCUGGGCCUCUCGCCGUCCGGAUUCAAUGGGAUGACUGACCAGUGCAACAGACUCUCCUACAUCCUCAUCAACCCGUCGCCGGACACUAGACUGGAGCUACACGACGUUGUGUACCUGAUCCGGCCCGACCCGCUCUCCGCCGUCCCCAACCAGGGGAGCGGCCGCAAGCCCGGCGCCGGCAGGACCGAGGGACACCGCUUUGAGUCGCAGGACAGCACACACCUGUGAACGAGGACAGACAGGGCCAGCGACCAGCACGUCAAGCAGUCAGGGCGAAGGAGAGAGACACUGGGGAGGGAGAGAGUGAGAAAGAGAGAGAGAGAGAGAGAGAGAGAAACACAACAGGAAUGACAGGAUUGACAAGAAGGCCCAUGUUCCUUCUAUUUUUUCCUCCGUUUGUCAACCGCAGUGCAUGGACUUCUUUUUGGAAGCUUUUUUUUUUUUUUUUUCCCUAACUCGCUCUGUUAAAAAUCCAUCAUUGUAUUUCCCCAGACUGGGGAUCCUGGAGACACAUAAGUGCAUUUAAAAAGAAGUGGAAAACAAAACAAACAAACCAACAAACAGUUGUAUCAGUGUUUUUUUUCUGUGCAUGUGAAUGUACACCCCAGAGCCAGCACUGUCUGACUUGCACUGCCAAAGGAACACGCUGCCAAAAUGUUUUUAUCGUGUGAGAGGAAGCGUCCCACACCCCGAAACCUCCCGACUGUUUUAUCUCGGUGUUCAGUUUUCGUGCGCUCCGUCUCUUGCAAACCGGAGAGACGAUCGGCCAGUAGUGUUCUUCUCCUGUCGCUUGAGCCUGUACACUCUUUCAAUGUGCCGUCUGUGUUUUUGAAUACGUCCUGGAGGGUGUUGCUUGGCGAAGCUUCCGAACAACAGGCAUCUCGUACUUACCACCAGCGUGAGAGAGACACAGGAACACGUCUGCUAGAUUAAUUGUCCAGGGGGUGGAGGGGGGGGGUGGAAGUAAUUGUCUGCCUUCCACCAUUUUAGCAUCUCAUCUAUCUAUUGCUGUCAAAGGAGAGUCUUGGAUCAUGUUUAUUUAAUUGCUUCGUUGUUUAUGCCUCUCUUCAAAGCCAACCUUCAAUCAGGUUUUGAUGUUUAUGUGGUUAAAUGUGCCCAGAGGGGGAAAAACAAGACUUUCUAUGAAAACAGGCUAUUUUAACUGCCGUAUCAGUGAAUGUCUCUUUCUAUUGGUUGGUUUGUUUGUUUAUUUGUGUAUUGUUUACAGAAGCGGGGACGCUUUCGUCGUGGCCAAGGUCGCUCCAUUCCUCUGUUGUCUUCUCUGUCCGACUUGAGUCUUGAUUGAGCCCUCUCUUCAAAUCAAAUGGUAGAUGUCGGCCUGCAUGUUUGAGGCUUGUGGACCAGAGUUGUAAAAGUCCGGCUUCAGGAAGUAAAAGUCCUGCCGCAUAUUUGUUCCAACCAUUCACUAAACCGGCAGAUUCUAAUUAGCACAACUCCUCAGCCAGGUAUAUUAUCUAAUUAGUGGAAUUGUCUGUUUUAUGUGCACAGGUAGAACCAAUACAUGGUAGGGCUUUUACUUUCUGAACCCAGAAUCUUACAACUCUGUUGUGGACCCCGCGGCCCUGCAGGAGCUGUGAGCCAGUGAGCUGUGCGCCGUGUGGUCACUGAGGUCAGGAGAGGACAUCCGUCCAGUCCCCCCCACAGCCAAAUGUAUGUGUACCAGUUCUUGCACUACUGCCUUUCAUUUAGUGCCAUUGAAAUCAAUGAUGAAAUAUUUGCAUAAUA